AUGCCAUCGACUACCAUAUCCGAGCAAAUACAAAACAAGUUUGAUGUAAUUUUGGCAAGUUCAUCGCCUAGAAGAUAUCAGAUCCUCCACGAUGUCAUGGGGCUCCGCGACUUGAAGCUUAUGAAGCCGUCAUUUGAAGAGGACUUGGAUAAGGCUCUCUACAGGAACGAUCCGAUCCGCUACGUUCGUGACACUUCCUUCUGCAAAGCACAAGGGAUCGCCAAAGAUCUGGAGGCCCAGAAUGAUGCGAAAGACCCCAAGGAAAAACUGAUCAUAUGUGCAGAUACGAUUGUGAUUGACACGGAUAAUAUCAUCUAUGAAAAGCCAGGCACCAAGGAUGCUCAAUUGGCCAAUCUGAAGAAAUUUUGUUACUCCGACAAAGGUCACCCGCUGAGAGUCGCAACAGCGGUCACUGUAAUCCGGUGGCGGGACGGCAAGAACUACGACAUACGUGAUCCUUUCCACGAGAUCACAGAGCUGUAUUGCGAUGGCCAGAUACCAAUCGAGCUGCUCGAAGAGUACGUCGAGAGCGGUGAAGGCGUUGCGGUAGCCGGAGGACUAAUGAUCCAGGGCAUCAGUGGUAUCGUAAUAAAGACAAUCAACGGCGACUACAACAACGUCGUCGGCUUACCACUGAACAGGACCUUCCAAGCCAUCUAUCAAGAGCUGAAUAGCUAG